UAAUUGGUAGUUCCCUUUCAACCGUCGUGCGGUGCGAUUCCCAUACUGCAAUUAGCUCCGAUCCUCGCUGAUAAUAUUCAACUCGGUUAAUAUCCUUUCGGUCGUAAAAGGAAAAAGGAAAUAUGCGUGUGAUCACAGUCAACCUUUUGAUGAUGGCAAUUAUUGCUGGCUCAACUUUUUGGCCAGCGAGUGCCCUGCAAUGCUACAGUUGUGUUGGAGAUGAGUGCCAUGUGGAAACGGUUCCGACGGUCACUUGCACCCUAGAUGCCUCUGAAGCAUUUGGAUUGGAUAGAAUGGCCGCAUUCAAUCCGUUCAAACGAUCUCUUCUUUCCGUAAUGCCACGAGCUGCAGAAGAUGACUCCACAACUGGAUCCACCACAAACGAGGACUCUUCCACAACCUCUUCAGCUUCUUCAACCUCAGGAUCUUCAACCGCAGGAUCUUCAACCUCCGAAUCCACAACAGAUUCUUCGACAGCUUCCUCUACCACAAAUGGAGAUUCGAGCUCCAGCUCAUUGGCUUCUUCCACCACAGAUUCUUCAACCUCUGAUUCUACAACAGAUUCAUCGAGUUCUUCUUCCACCACAAAUGGAGAUUCUAGCUCCAGCUCUUUAGCUUCUUCUACGACGGAUUCUUCAACCUCCGAUUCUACAACCGCUUCAUCGACUGCUUCUUCCACCACAAUCGGAGAUUCUAGCUCCAGCUCUUCAGCUUCUUCCACGACGGAUUCUUCAACCUCCGAUUCUACAACAGAUUCUUCGACAGCCUCCUCCACCACAAAUGGAGAUUCUAGCUCCAGUUCUUUGGCUUCUUCCUCUACAGAGUCCUCAACCUCCGAUUCUACAACGGAUUCGUCGACUCCUUCGUCCACCACAGAUAAUGAUUCCACCAGUAGCACGUCGGAAUCUUCCACCACCGACUCUUCAACAUCCGAUUCUACAACAGAUUCUUCGACAGCCUCCUCCACCACAGAUGAAGAUUCCAGCUCCAGCUCUUUGGGUUCUUCCACGACCGAUUCCUCAACCUCCGAAUCUACAACGGAUUCCUCGACUUCUUCCUCCACCACGGAUAAUGAUUCUUCCAGUAGCUCGUCGGCUUCUACAAACACAGAUUCGUCAUCGUCUGAAUCUUCCACCAGCUCUACAACUGCUUCGCCAUCUACAAGCCCAUCACCCCCAACAAAUUACAAGAUUGCAGCCUGUUACAGCAUCUACAAGGACGGAGUGUUAAAUCGCGGCUGUGUUAAGGUGCCCGAAGAACAAUCCGGCUGCCAGGCUGUGAAAAAUGAACUGGACAUAACAGAAGACUCUGCCGAUCAAUGCGAUAUCUGUUUGACAGAUCGGUGCAAUGGAAGCACUAGCCUGAAGGUAUCCCUUGGCGCCAUGAUUCUCCUCUUGGCGAUGGGACUUAAGAACGUGCUGUAAGAGAUGGUGGGAAAAUACUAUGAAUUAUGUAAAUACUUGUUAGUAAUUUGUAUUCAUUAUUAAAUAAUAAACGUUUACCUUGUAUCACUUUA